UUUUUGUUUUUAUGAAUGUUUAAUUAAGUUAAAGUGGACUUUGGCCGGCGGUUGACCGGGCAGUUAUUGUAAAUUAACUUUUUAUUUUUGUUAUCUAUGUCAUGUGUAGUUCAUUUUGUUUUUUUUUCGCACGUAAAUUUUGGUCCGUCUUCCGUUGGACGUUCAAGUUGACCCAUUUGAAAAAGCAGAAGCGUACGUCAGUCUGGCCGAACAAAGCGCGCCGCUUUGGACGGCGCUUUGGACGACCUUGAAGAAGAAGAAGAACGCGGGCGGGGGCAGGAAUCGCUGGAGGAGUUCUCUGUGAGGGUCUUCCGCCGCUCGGAGUGGUGAGUCGUCGGUCUUCAGUCAAAUUUCCCCCAAAGAUUUGAAGGGUCCCAAAUCAUGAUGUCUGCAGCUGUAGAGCAGGUGGCUGGAGGUUUCUCAUCAGCAGUUAUCCAACGUCUUGUUGACAAGACGAUGGACUUCCUUGGGAUCAACUACAAUCUAAGCCAUGCUACUGAAGAGCUUCUGACCAAACUCCGCACAAGCCUCAUCAUGGUGAAGGCCAUAACCGAGGUGGCUGACAACAAGCUUAUCAUCAACACUAGUCUUACCAAGUGGUUGAGGGAACUCCAUAGUGCUGGAUAUGAAGCAGAGGAUGUGCUUGACAUAUUUGAUUGUCAUGAGAUAGUUGCCGGAAAGCGCAAGGUGAGCGAGCUCAUUUCGUCAUCAGUUAGGACCUUGAAAAGUUUGAUUGUGCCUGAUGAGAGCAUGAAAAUGCUUGAAUGUGUUGUGCAAAAGCUAGACCACCUUUGUGCAACGUCCAACACAUUUGUCGAGCUAAUGAAGCAGAGUAAUUUAAACACCAUGAAGGAGGCAGGAAUGCCGGGAGAGACAACUUCUCGUGUUCCAGUUGAUGUCAAGGUGUUUGGCCGCGAUGAAGUUCUAGAGUUGGUACUGAAGAUUAUCUUGGGUUCAUCUGGCUCUGAACCAGAACCCAGCAGCGUAAGAGCAAAACUUGGUGCAAGGAACUGCAUUGGUGGUGUUGAUGUCAUCCCAAUUGUUGGUAUGAGCGGGGUUGGGAAGACAACCCUUGCUCAAGUCAUUUACAGUAAUGGUAAUGUGAAGAGCCACUUUAAGCAGAGGGCAUGGGUGUAUGUUUCAAAAGAUUUUAGCAUGAAAAGAACACUGCAAGAGGUGUUGCGCUCUUUUAAAGGAAAUGCUUCAUCUUUUGACUACCCAGAUAGUUUGGAAAUGAUUGUCAACAAUAUUCAAAGUGUCACCCAACAUGAUGGGAGGUUCCUUCUUGUGCUGGAUAGUGUUUGGGAUGAGAUGUGUGCCCAGUGGAAUGUUUUGCUUACUGCCAUAGCUCGUGAAGUGCCAGGAAGUGUAGUUCUUGUCACAACACAAAGCAAAAGGGUUGCAAACACAAUAGCAACAAUGCGUCCAAUUCCACUAGCACCUUUGCCAUGGGAGAGUUUUUGGUCAGCUUUCCAGCAUUAUGCAUUUGGCACCAUCGAUGUUGCUGUUGAGAACAAUCAGACUCUUCUGUUAAUUGGUGAACAAAUAGCAAAAAAACUACAAGGUCUUCCACUAGCAGCUAAAGUAAUGGGAAAUCUGUUGCGGUCUAGAUUAACUGUAGACAAGUGGAGAAGCAUCCUGGAGAGUGAUUGGUGGGACCUGAAUGAAGUUCUUUGUGAAAUCCUUCCAUACAUGGGAAUUAGUUAUCAAGAUCUACAACCCAGACAAAGGCAGAGGUUUGCUUUCUGUUCGAUUUUUCCAGAAAAUUACUUGUUUGACAAAGAUAGAUUGGUCAACAUGUGGAUUUCUCAUGACUUGAUCGAAAAAAGCGAAUCUGAUGACACUAGAUUAGAGGAUAUUGGAAGCAAAUUGUUUGAUGAGCUUGUGGAAAGAUCAUUUUUCCAGGCUACAUUUGACAAAAAGACGUACACUAUGCACGAUCUAGUACGGGCUCUGGCGAUUGGUGUUUCUUCAUAUGAAUGUUUCUUCCACAAAGAGACCUCACACAGAGCACCACCAACUGUUCGCCACUUGUCUGUGCAAGUUAGUAAUCAACUGCACAUUCAUGAACUCAACAAGUAUAAAAAUGUGCGGACAAUCUUAUUGUUUGGUCACUGUGACAGCAAUGCAAUUUGUGAUGUUGUGGACAUUAUGUUGGCCAACUCAAGAAGCAUUCGAGUAUUAGACUUAUCUCAUUUAGAGGUGCUGACGAAUAUGCUGCCCAACAUUGCAUCCUUGAGAAAAUUGAGGUUUUUAGAUCUUUCUUUCACAAGAGUCAGCAAUUUGCGCAACUUUCCUUGUAAUCUUCAAGUUUUAUACCUCCGUGGAUAUUCUCGGGACACUAUUCCUCAUAGCAUCAAUAAGCUUGCCAACUUACGACACUUGUAUGUUGAUGCUACAACCCUCUCUCUGAUUCCUAGUAUUGGGCAAUUGAGUCAGCUUCAAGAAUUGGAGAACUUCAGUGCUGGAAAGACAAAUGGAUUCAUGAUAAAUGAGUUGAAGAACAUGCACGAGUUAUCUGGGAAACUUUGCAUCAGUAACAUCCACAUCAUUAAGAACACACACGAGGCAAUGGUUGCCAAUAUGAUUGAGAAGAAGCACCUUGAGGCCUUAGAGUUGAACGGUGGAAAUGUAUCCAAAGAUGUACUUGAAGGAUUGCAGCCGCACUCAAAUCUGCAAGAACUCACGAUCAAAGGUUACGGGGCCUCAAGUUUCCCAAGCUGGAUGUUACAGGCUCGAAUCUUCACAAAACUUCAUUCCCUUCAUGUUGGAAACUGCCGACUUGUAGCUGUACUUCCACCAUUUCGAAAUUUCCCUUCACUCAAGCAUCUCACUGUAGAUAACUUGCCAUCAGUGAAGCAUGUUGAUGGAACGUCUUUUGGUUUUCUUGGAAGUUUGGAGGACUUGAAAGUUUCUUCGAUGACAUCAUGGAUAGACUGGUCACAUGCAGAAGAUGAUCAUGGCCCUCUCCUUCCACAAGUCAAAAGGUUUGAACUUCACAAUUGCCCUUUACUGGAAGAAGUGCCAUGUUUGUCAUUCUUGUCUUCAUUGUCAGAACUUGAUAUUUCAGUUUGUGGGUCACUCGUCAAGGCACUGCCACAAUAUGUAUAACUCUUAGCAUGCCUAAAAAAAUUGAAGAUAUCUUACUGCGAUCACCCACUCCUACUCUCUGGGCAUCAGUUGAAGUCACUGGAGUAUCUGCAUCUUAGAAAAUGUGGAGGGCUACGUUUGAUUGACGGGUUGCACUGCUUUCCCAGCCUCAGGGAAGUUGACGUUCUUGGUUGUCCCGACAUUCUUACUGAAUUGUCAGACAAAUCAAGCAGACAGGAUGAGCAGGGUGUACUUCACCUUACCAAUCUAGUAACAGAUGUCAGCCUGUUAAAUGGGAAUUCUUUUCUCCCGUCAGUGCGAGUUCUACGCAUCUUUUAUCUGGAGACCCUUCAAUUUACCCCAGAGGAGGAGAAAUGGUUUGAACAGCUAAUCUCUGUCGAAAAAAUCGAGUUUGUUUACUGUUAUUUUCUUCAGCGACUCCCUUCUACGCUAAGCAGACUUACCUCCUUAAAAGUACUUGAUAUCAGAGACACGCAACUAGUGUCAAUGGAAGGAGUUGUGCCCCAGAACCUCCAAGAAUUGGUUAUGAAUGGCCUUUGCACCGUGAAAGAAAACUACUUCAAACCCGGGGGAUCAGAUUGGUCAUACUGUUGUCAUGUUCCAUACAUCCGGAUUAAUGGGAAGACAGUCCAAAAUCUGUCAAUUAAUGCCGCUUCAUCGUCUUCAAGCCACCAAAAUUGAGGAACCAUGCACCUAUUAAUUCCCAGUGCCCGCCUCUGUGCUACAAAUAAGAUCUUUGUGGUGCGCAGCGCACCGAGAUGUUUGAGAUGACGCUGCUCAUGGAGGACGAGGCGCUAGAGCGGCUAGGGAACACUGACCGUGAUCUCGGUGCCUUCAGGAAUGGGCAGACCGGCAAGCUUGGCAUCUGCAUUUGCAUUUGCUUUCCUGCAUGAAACAGUUGUUAUGUACGCACCUGCAAGAUUGAACUCAACUGAACUGAGCUGUUGGCGCACGUGUAUGGUGAAAUGCGCAUCCUGCACAAGAGGAGAUAUGGAGGAUCAUCCCCAAGCAAGUCGUAUGGCCGGGUCAGCCAAGACAAUGAAGGAGCACUGAUCCUUGGUCUCGGCGCCGUCGCGGCCUCGCUAGCAGCUGAUGCCGUAGUAGAUGCAGGGGAUAUGUGAAACCUGAUCGAUCGAACCAAAUUUGGGUAACUAUAUGUUUCUGUUACCUUUUUUUUUGCGAAAAUGAUCCAGAUCUAUUAUCAAAGUUCAGCAGAAGUACAAAGCAUCUCGAAUAUAAUAAAAAUUGCAUUGAGAUUCCAAGACUCCCCAAACAACCACUAGUGCCGUCAGAACGAGCCGCCCCUACCGGAGCCGGCUUGACCUUGUCUUCAUCUGUGCUACAAAUAAUUAUCUCUGUAAUGGAAAAGGGGUGAUAUAUCGUUGUUGGCGCUGCAUAAAUAGAUGCAGGGGAAUGGAUAUACAAUGCAAUGCAUGAUGAAUCUCUUGUGAGUUGUGCUGACUCCUACUACAACGGCAACAACUGCAGCGGCGAUGACGAUGUACUACUAUUCAUUGAUGUUUUUUCUUUUUAUUUGGUGAGCACUUUCUAUCGCUUUGCUUGAUAGUUUUUUCCUUUUCUUUUUUGCAUAAAGUGUAGAGUUGAUUAGUGGUGAACUCCGGGUCACCCGGACGAGCACAUCAACCACAAAUGUUUUAUGUAUAGCAACUGAACUUGAGUUAUGAUCCCACAGCUCAUAACUCAUCCUUGACAAGAGGAAGGAGUGAGAGUUUGGGUUGUCGACAUGCCCAAACUCUCACCCCUUCCUCUUGUACAGGAUGUUCACCUCCCCCGCAUUUCGUUGGACAACUUCAGUUCAGUUCAAACAACUUGAGUGGAGUCACAACUCCAAUUACGUCCCGUUGUCUGCUCGUUCCUCAAGGAGCGCCGCACAAUCUGGACGACCAUAAACAUGAACUUGCCUGAGGCUCGAAAAAAAAAACACUUCUCGUGUUGAGAAUUAAGCGGGCCUAUAGUUCUCCGGGCGGGCCUUGCUAUUCGAGCCCAACUUCUUGCAGAUAUUUUUUUCUAUCCACAUGGCGGGAGGCUUUUCUUUUCUUUUUCUUCCUCCG